UUUCCUAUGGAUAACAAUAUUGUGAUUAAAAAAUAAUGGUUCAUAAAAUCCUCCACAAGUAAAAUUGAAGAUGCUUAUGAAUUUGAUCACAAGAAGGUAUGAAAAUGAAUUCAUUCAUAAAGCUGCUUGGUUAAGGGACUUAUGGUUAGGUGGUAAAGGCAAAACUAAAGGGUUCGAAAUAUUAUCGAGCAAUCAAAAUUAUUCCCAAAAGCAAAGUAAGAAAUCCUGAUCGAUUCAGAAGGGAAAUAGAGAUAAUGAGAAAUUUAGUAUGACUGAAUGUUUAUAAUUAGGAUCACCCAAAUAUCAUUAAACUAUUUGAGACUUUUGAGGACAAUAGAAAUGUGUACUUAGUGAUGGAGUAAGAAUUGAAAUCAUCUUAGAUUAUGCGAAGGAGGUGAACUCUUUGACCGAAUAAUAGACAAGGGUCAUUUUUCUGAGAAUGAAGCUAGAAUCACUAUCUUGUAAAUAAUGCAGGCAGUCAACUAUUGCCAUCAAAAUGGAAUUUGUCAUCGAGAUUUAAAACCUGAAAAUUUUUUGCUGUUGACAAAAGCUGAUGAUUCACCACUAAAAGUCAUUGAUUUUGGAUUGUCUGUAAUAUUCCACGAGAAUCAUGUUGAAAAGUUGACACAAGGAAAAGUUAGUAUGACAACUAGAGCAGGAACACCUUAUUAUAUAUCUCCUGAGAUUUUGGAUGGAAAAUAUGAUGAAUCUUGUGAUAUUUGGUCAGCAGGAGUGAUCCUGUAUAUUCUUUUAUCUGGAGUACCUCCAUUUUAUGGGAAUACAGAUCCUGAAAUUCUAGAUGCCGUUAAGAAGGGCAUUUUCACAUUUAACAGUAUUUGAUCAGAAUAUUCUUUAGUACCUGAAUUCAAGAAAGUGUCAGAAGGUGCCAAGGAUUUGAUAUCUAAAAUGAUAUGCAAGCCAGAGAAACGAUUGAAAUCUCAUGAAGUUCUUUAGCAUCCAUGGAUGAAGUAACAAACAGCUGGCAACUCAUCUUUAAGCGUUAAUUAUCAAUCAUUAAAGAAUUUCACCAACUUUAAUAAAUUAAAAAAGGUACAGGUCAUUCAAUAACCUAGGUUACAUUGACUUAUAUUGCAUCUUAAUUAUCAGAGUAGGAAAUCUCAGAGCUAGGAAAAUUGUUCAAAUAAUUGGAUAAGAAUGGUGAUGGUGUUUUGACUAUGGAUGAAUUAACCCAUGGAUUGACAGGUCUCAAGAAGGAAUCUUAGAAUGAAAUUAUGGGUGUGAUCAAAAGCAUAGAUACUGAUGGCUCAGGCACUAUUAAUUACACAGGUAUAUAUCUUUAAUUAUAACCACAGAGUUCUUGGCAGCCACCAUAGAGAAGAGUGUGUACAUGAAAUAAGAGAGACUCUUCUAGGCAUUCAAGAUGUUUGAUUUGGAUGGCAGUGGUAAGAUUUCAAGGGAAGAGUUAAGAUAGGUUUUAGGAAGUAAUUAUUGGAUAAUAUUAAUUUUAGAGACUGGCUCUGGGUUUGAUGACAACACAUUCAAGGCCUUGAUUGCAGAUGCGGAUAAAGAUGGAGAUGGAGAAAUUGAUUACAAUGAGUUUAUAGAGAUGAUGGACAAAAUGAAACCAUGAUUCGUAGUAUAAAU